AUGAAGCGGCUCAAUCGGUUUCUCGAACGUGUCAGGUCCCCGUCCCGCUCUCCAGCUUCCGCUGCCCCUCCGGCUCCCUCUCCCGGUCCCGCUCCACCUCCGGCCAGUCAACCAGAUCAACAGCCAGCCGCCGCAGCACAUCCGCCUCCCAGCGAACAGAGAAAUUUCAAUGUUGCAUCGCAAAACCAACCCGGGUCGACGCUCAACAUUGCAUUGCAGAACCAAACCACCUCAAACACGGUGUAUGCCUAUAUCACAGGCCAAGCCAUUGACAACAAUAACGCUCUCUUCCUCCUCCAAGCCGACGGCCGAACUCCAUAUUAUCCCACCUCCCCAGCCAGCGUGGGAAGCAGCAUUCCGCAGAACUGCGCCAUAGUCCUGGGUCCUCCCGGCAACACGGUGAAUGUCACGAUUCCCCACAUCGCCGGCGGCCGGAUCUGGUUCUCGAUCGACGCGCCCCUGACGUUCCUACUCAACCCGGGUCCCGCCCUCGUCGAGCCGUCCGUGACCAACCCUUCCGACCCGAACAUCAACAUCGACUGGGGCUUCGCGGAAUUCACAUACAACAGCGACCAACUGUACGCCAACAUCAGCUAUGUCGACUUCGUCGGCCCGCCUGUCGCCUUGACCCUGACCACGCAGGCCGGUGUCACACAGCAUGUAUCAGGCAUGCCGGCCGGCGGACUCGACCAAGUGUGCAACGGCCUGCGCUCACAACACGCGACCGACGGCCAAGGAUGGGACCAACUGAUCAUAUCACGCAACGGCAACGGCCGCAACCUGCGCGCCCUCUCGCCCAACCAAGGCAUGGUGACCAACCCGAACCUCUUCGCCGGGUACUACGACGACUACGUGGCGCGGGUGUGGACGCGGUUCACGACGCAGAGCAUGUCCAUCGACACACAGGCCUCGUUCGGCACCGUGUCCGCGCAGGUCUCGGCGUCGUCGGACACGCUGGUGAUCGGCGGGUCGACCUUCUCCCGACCGUCGACGCGCGACAUCUUCAGCUGUUCGACCGGCCCGUUCGCCACGGGCGCCAAUCCCGAGACCAACGCCAUCAUCCCGCGCCUGGCUGCCGCGUUCAACCGGUCGACGCUGCUCGUGUCGACCAGCCAGCCGGCGCCGCAGGACUUGUACUACAAGGACCCCGUCACGAACCAUUAUUCGCGCAUCGUGCAUCAGGCCAAUCUGGACACCAAGGGCUAUGCGUUUCCCUACGACGAUGUCCAGCCUUCGGGCGGCGCCGACCAGAGUGGCGAAGUGCAUGCUGGCGAUCCGGCGUUGUUUACUGUCACUGUCGGAGGGGGGAAUGCUAGUGUCAAUCCACCCAAGAGGGAACUUUAA